CUCACAUUGCUCGCGAGGAUCCUCGCUUGUUGGGCUCGCGGUCGGGUUUAUUGUUUCUCCCCGUCUCGAGCGGAAAAUCGUUUUCGACCUCGCGACUUCUGACAGGAAUCAAAUAUAUUAAACUGCAAAAUGGCUGGAGGAAAGGCUGGAAAAGACAGUGGCAAAGCAAAAGCUAAAGCAGUCUCUCGCUCUCAAAGAGCUGGGUUGCAGUUCCCAGUGGGUCGUAUCCACAGACACUUGAAAACUCGUACUACAAGCCACGGCCGUGUGGGUGCUACUGCUGCUGUUUACAGUGCUGCCAUUCUUGAAUAUCUCACUGCUGAGGUGCUGGAAUUGGCAGGGAAUGCCUCUAAGGAUCUGAAGGUGAAACGCAUAACUCCUCGUCAUUUGCAGCUUGCUAUUCGUGGGGAUGAAGAAUUGGAUUCUCUCAUCAAGGCCACCAUUGCUGGAGGAGGUGUCAUUCCUCAUAUUCAUAAGUCUCUGAUUGGGAAGAAGGGACAGCAGAAGACUGCAUAAAAGAUACUAUAUUCACCGUCUCCCUGUCUCCUUGUGUACUAAAGACGUCUAGGGAGACUUUAAUUUUUUUUAAGUAGUUACACAAAAGAAAUAUAUAGUCAGCAGUUGAUAGAUUUGCGUUGUAAUACUUGGAAAAACAAAAAAAAAUUUGUAUGUUAGAUUUUAAGUUUGACAAAUGUACCUUGUUAUGUGGCAGCAAUUUGUGUGUUGAUUGGCUAGGGUUUAACAGUGUUUUAUACAACAAAAAACUGAGUUGUUAAAGAACAUUUUUUUCUUUUUUACAAAAUUAUGUCUUGCGUCUUUAUUUAAAAAAAAAAAAUCAAACUUGGAAAAUAUUCAUCUUCCUAUCCUUCUUAAUCACAAGAAUGUUAAAUAACUUUUAAUCAGUUUUUGUUUUGCAUUUAUCCAGCUUCAGAAAUAUCAAUCCCUAUGGGGUGAGUGGGACAAAUUAUUAAUAAAUUGGGAUGUAUGAACCCAGUUUAAUUUUUUUUAAUCAAAUUUUGGAAUGAAUACAGUUUAAUUUUAGGGAUUUGCUUAUUUACACGUUUCAAGUAUUAGUGUCACCCAAAUUGAGUACUUGUGUGUUUCAGUUAUGUAGUAGUAAUUAAACCUACCAAUUUGGUGUAUUCCUUUUAAAAUUAUCUAAUCUAAGGACCUAUUGUAAUAAAACUUUUUACUGUAA